AUAAAUAAGUGUGAGUUAAGGACUAAAUUGUGGAAAAUUAUUGUUUUGGGCUUAAUAGCCAAAAUUUCAAAAGUUGAGGGAUUUAAAAGAGGAAAGAAUUUGGAUAAGGACCGGGUAUUUUUUCUUCUUUCUUUCUUCAGCCUUGCCCGAUUCUGCUCUUCUUCUUUUCUUCCCCCUGCAUCGAACAAGAGCCCCAGCCACCACCGACGCCUUCCCUUGAGAGAAAUCAGUAAGAAGCUUGUGUUUUUCUCCUUUUUUCUUGUUCAAAAACCAGAUUUGGAGCCUUGAAACCUUCCCCCCUCUCUGCAAAAAUCCGGAUCUGCUUUGCUCUGUCCGUCCGGUUGCUGCUCUUGCCGGUUUGUGGGUGCGAAUUCUGGGCAUUUUUAGAUCCCCCUAAAUUCCCCUGCACUGCCUCCGGCUUCUCCCCCCUACUAGGUCCGGUUUGCAGCUGGAAAAUUCUGGUAUGUUGACAGCCCCUCCAAGCUUGAAAUCUCAUCAAUUAAUUGCUGAAUUUGUCCAUUUAAUUCCUGCCCCAUGUGCUGUCCGAAUUUUUUGAAAAAUGGGUAUGAAUUUGGGUAGUAAUUAGAGCAUAAUUAAGCUUAAUUCAUGUAUAAAUUGCUUGAGUUGGCUAAUGUGAUUUUUGGAGAAAAUCCCAUGAGAUUAGCUAUGGUUUUGUAAUUUUUGGAUGUGCAGUUACUGUUUACGGUACUAUUCACGAAUACUGUUCACACACUAAUGGCCAACAAUUAAUGGAGAUUUAAAUGUUUAGUUGUAAUAUAAGAACAAAUUUGAAGAUGUCCGAUCAUGUAGAGACUAAUAGAAAGAGCAUCGUGAUUAGGGGUAGUCCUAAGGAUGAUUUCACUUGAAUUUGUGAUAGUAUAGUAUUAAUUCUGAAAUAUUUUGAUUAGGUUUUUGAUCGUUAUGUUAGUUUAACAUCGAGAUCGAGUCUUUGGUUUUAUGCAAUUUGAGUGGUGGCGGGACUAAACCCAUUUUACACAAAUAUGAUUGAUUUGAAAUGAAAUUAUUAUUCUUUUUAUUGAUUUGAGCAUGUCUGUUUGGAGUUUAUUUAACUGCCCUGAUGAUCUAUAAAUUAUCUGUAAAGUAUGAUUUUCUGUUAACUUCUGCCUGUUUUGUCUCCAAUAUGGUUAUGUUAUUCGUGUGACCGCUAGUGGGAGAUUUAUAAACGCUAGCACAUGUCGACAUGUUACUAAUAGAACCGGUUCGUUUCUAUUAUCCUACUAGUGGGAUUAUACAUUAGUAAAUCGUGUGCCUGUCAGUGGGAGGUUUAUAAAACUGGCCAUGACCUAUAGAGGAGACGUCCAUUUCGUUCCCGUACUGUAUCCGUUUUUCGUGAUUACACUUGUUGGCAUGCUAUAAGUUUAAUUAAGGGCACUCCAUAUUUACUUACUGAAUUUAUCUCAUAGUUUUCCUUGUCCACCAUUUCAGGAAGCGAAAUCGAGAACGAGGAAAUCACGGGAAGCGACGAGUUAGAAGGCUAGCCAUUUCAAGAUUGAUAUAGAUUUUAGAAAUAAAUCAUGAUCUUGUAAACUAGACUUUAUUGGAGAUUUAUGAUAUUAGAGCAAAUUAUAAAAUUUGAUCUUCAGAUUUUGAUGGUAUCAGAUUGUGGUAUGAUAAGUUCUGAGCCUUGUGCAUUUGUGGGACCCUCUCACAAAUGCAUGACAUCUGGCACGAUGUCUGGCACGUCCUCGGAUUUGGAUUUUGGGGCGUUACAGAUUUAGUGGUAUCAGAGCCAAGUUGAAAUUAAGAGCUUAGGUUUAAAUUAAGAGCUUUGGAUUAAAUUAAGUACCUCCAGAUUGAGUGGCAUUAGAGUAGAUUGAGUGGUAUCAAAGCGUAGAUUUAAUUAAAUACUUAGGUUUAAUUGAAUACCUAGGAUUAGUUUGGAACUUGGCUGGCCAAUGGAUUUUAGAACCGUGGUGAGACGAGUGAUGGGGUUAUAUAAGGGAUGAUUCUGAUUCAUGUUGCUUGAAUUUUCUAAUCCAUUUGAUGAGAUGGUAAUCUAAUUGUCUUUGUUUCCUGCCUUCAUACCCUGUGUAGAUUCAUGAAAUUAAUCUUGCCCAUCAUGUUUUUAAGACUUUUUUUUGAAACUUGGUCUUUCUGAUAGUUUGCACGUGUUUAGACUUGUUAUUUGAAUAGAAUUUUUGUGUGCUC